ACAUCACAUAGGCACAACUCUAUGUGCAAUGUAUUUGAGUUACUGGCUGUAUUUAAGUGGUUAUCCAGCCUAUCUAGGUUCUGACAGUUUGUAUUUAGCGUAUAUGGAUUGUGAUUCAUUGCCAUAUGAGGUCAAGCUGAAAAGAGAAUAAGCGUACAUAUAAGAGUACAUUUGUAAAUAGCAGUUGGAGACCAUAUACAUAUUAUACCCCUUGAAGCAGCUGUGUAUUCUUAUUGUGGAUAGUGUAUGGCAGGGUUUUAGUGUAAACAAACUGCAGAGCUCUGGAACACAUCGGUGACUAGAGUAGACAGAUAAUUUUGCUGGUUAUAUACAGAGGAAGCAGUCAGAUACUGGAUAUAAUACCAUUGGCAUAACCCUACACAGUAAUAAGCAUACCAUACAAAAUGGGUAUUUUUGCAACUCUAUUAGAUACGAUAUUAAACAACUUUACAACAAGCCUUGUGUUCUUAGUUGUCUUUCUGCUAAUCUGGCAGUACAUGAAGCCCAGCCCUUGGCACCUUCCUGAGCACCCCACACCAUGGCCAUUGUUAGGUAAUAUGAGCGUAUUCGAAAUUGGCCAGGUGGGAGAUGAUACGAUGUUUGAUCUCUAUCAAAAGUUCAAAACACCUAUAAUGUAUCGCAAGUUUAUGGUUCUGCAUGCCGCAGUUCUACACACAUAUGAGCUGGUGAAAGAGGUGUAUUCAGAUGACCGUUUUGUUGAUCGAGCUCCUACUCCACUUGAUGAGUUUGUUUUUAAGGGGAUCGUUGAUGUUUCGGGGCCUAGAUGGCGAGAACAGCGAAGGUUUGCACUUUCAACACUUCGAGAUUUUGGAUUGGGAAAAAAUAAAAUUGAGAGAAAGAUCCAGGAAGAGAUUGCAAGUGGACUUUGUGGAGAGCUUGAUUCCAAAGAUGGGAAAGCAUUUGACCCAUCUAACCUCAUUGCAAUUGCUAUUUCAAAUAUGAUAUGUUCAUUGGUGUUUGGACAUAGGUUUGAAUACAAGGAUGAACAAUUUCAAGGCAUGGUUCGACGGCAGAAUGAAAACAAUGUUCACUCAGUAUGGGUGUUCAUAGGCGCAAUUCUUCCAUUAACCAGUUGGCUUCCUGGUGAUCUUUUUCAUAAGAAGAGGCUUUUGUCAAAUAUUGAAGAACUUAAGGCCAAUAUUUUUGUCCCCGAAUUUCAACGCCAUAUGGAAGAAUUUGAUUCUGAGAAUAUCAAUGAUUUCAUGGAUGCAUUCAUAAGAGAAAUGAAACUAAGAGAAGGGUCAGAAUACAAAGACCAUUGGUUCACAGAGGAGCAACUGAUGUGGAACAUAGAGGAUUUGUUUGCUGCUGGUACAGAUACUACAACCCUGUCUAUGAAAUGGCUAUUUCUGCGCAUGCUCCAUCAUCCCGAUGUUCAACAAAGAGUGAAAAAAGACAUUCAUAAUGUCAUUGGGAAGGAAAGAAUUCCAUCUAUGAAAGACAAAUUGGACUUACCCUACAUUGAGGCUGUGCUUUUGGAGACCCAGCGAAUGCAUAUUAUUGUUCCAUUCAGUAUUGGGCGUUCAUGCUUGAAUGAUAAGCCUAUUGAAGUAAAGGGGUACAUAUUUCCUCCCAAGACAGCUUUUUUGUCUUGUAACCACAGCAUUCACUUUAAUGCAGACCACUUUGAAGAUCCGAAUACAUUCAACCCUGACCGCUUCAUUGGUCCUGAUGGAAAGUUCCAAAAGGAUGAUCAUGUUCUCACAUUUUCAGUUGGCAAAAGAGCCUGCCUUGGAGAGUCCCUUGCAAAGCAGGAGUUGUUUCUGUUUUUCACUGCUCUACUACAGAGAUACAGACUAGAAGUACCCCCAGGAGAGCCCCUGCCAUCAAUGGAGAGAGUACCAGGACUCACAGUGGGCCCAAAACCUUUCAAAAUGUGCUUUAUAAGAGAUAAUGUUUA